UGAUUUUAAAAGCACUAUAUUCACUAAAUUAAUUGAAACAAUAUGUCGAAAAGGGUAUCUAGAGGAAUUGGUUGUUUGUCUUGUUUAAAGGUAUUUGAACUACGCUCUCUUUUGAAAGAAAAGGGACUUAGCACCAAAGGCCGAAAGGUGGACUUGGUAUCAAGGUUAGAAAAGAUCACUGUCAUGGACGACAGUGUCAAAGAAGUUCGAGAAAGAAAAUCUAAGAAAAAUGGGUCUAUGACAAAAGAAAAAAACAUGGAUACCAUUUCACGGCGAGAGCGGGAAAAAACUGAACGCACAAAUAUAGUUUUAUGGAAAAAACCUUUGAUAACUUUUGUUUAUUUUAUAUGUGAAUGUAGCUGCUUAUUUCAAACAUUUAUAGACAGAUUAUGGCAGAGAAAAAAGAGUGUAUUAUUAAUGUUAGUUAUGAUUAGUUUAUUAUAUUUAUUAUAUAUAACUGAAGGUAAACAUCAACAGAUAGUUGAUGUUAUAAGAAAACAUUUCCUAUGGAGUGCGUACUGGGUAGGAUUAGGUAUUUUGUCAUCUGUAGGUUUAGGUACAGGUCUUCACACAUUUAUUCUUUAUUUGGGUCCACAUAUAGCAUCUGUUACAUUAGCGGCAUUUGAAUGCAAGUCUGUAGAUUUUCCAGAACCACCAUAUCCCUCCAAAAUUAUUUGUCCGGAAACUAUGGGAGAUGGUAUUAGUAUAUGGGCUAUAAUGGGUAAAGUACGAUUAGAAGCUAUUAUGUGGGGGGCAGGUACAGCUAUAGGAGAAUUACCACCAUAUUUUAUGGCUAGAGCAGCAAGAUUAUCUGGUACUGACCCAGAUGAUGAUGAUUUUGAAGAAUUAAAUGAGUUAAUUCAUGAAACUAAAGCACAUCCUAAUGAACUGGGUUUUAUGGAAAGAGCAAAACUAUCAGUACAUAAUUUAGUACAAAGGAUUGGUUUUAUUGGUAUUUUAGCUUGUGCCUCUAUACCCAAUCCAUUGUUUGAUUUAGCCGGAAUAACAUGUGGUCAUUUUCUAGUACCAUUCUGGACGUUUUUUGGAGCAACACUAAUUGGUAAAGCAAUAAUCAAAAUGCAUAUACAGAAAUUAUUUGUGAUAUUUCUAUUUAGUAAGCACCAUGUAGAACUAGUCAUACAUCUUUUUAAGUAUAUACCAUUAGUAGGAGAAAAAUUACAGAUGCCUUUUAAAAAUUGGUUAGAAGAUCAAAGAAAUAAAUUACAUAAUAGAGAUGAAGCAGACUCUGAGAAGGAAUCAACCAAUGUAUUAUCAUGGAUAUUUGAAAAAGUUAUAAUUAUAAUGGUGGCGUAUUUUUUACUGUCAAUUAUAAACUCAAUGGCACAGAGUUAUCAUAAAAGAAUUUGUAAAGUUAAACAUUCGUUGGACGCUCCAGGUCGAUCGAAAGCUAAAGUUAGCCUAGAAUGAUUUAUUGUCAAGUGAGCAUUAAUAUAGCAAGGGUAAAUGAAAUUGACAAAUCAGAUAAAAGAUGCUAUGCUAUGUAUGUAUUUAUAGUAUACUCUUCAAAAAAGUAGGGGAUAUUGAAAUGCAAAUAGCUAUGCAGGUUGUGAUAUGAUAAAUUGUCAUGGACACUUGACAUGCUUUGAGAGUAUGUUCACAGAUGAAGAACUUAUCGCCCCAACAGAACCACUAAGCUGCACAUGCAACACACAAUAGCGUCAUACAUGUGGGAGGGGUUCAUUGUCAAAUUUGACACUUCAAGGAAGGGUUGAUGAAAACUGCCGUGUGCUGGUUUAUCUAUCCAUGUUUGCUUUCCUAUUGGUUCUUGCAUAAGAUUUACUGUUUAGCGUAUCUUUACGUUUAAUUUGAUCUGGAGAAGUGUUCGUCAACGUCAACCGACCACACUGCAAGAGUUGGCCGUGGCACUGCAAGAGGAGUGGGUCAGAUUGCCCCAAAUCAUGAUUGGACGGUUGAUUAGGAGCAUGCCACAACGAAUUGCUGAAUGUCUGAGGAUUGGUGGAGUAAUUACUCAUUAUUAGGACAAAAAUCAAAAACGUCCAUUUUCACUUUUGACGGUGUAUCUCUUUGCGAUUGAAAUGGGGCCGUCAGAUAAGUCGCCCAUAUGAACUGUUUAUGUUCAUGUGUAGGCAAUUGGCCUGUUAUUAACAUACACUGGUUACCUCUUAUAAAAACAGCAGUGCAUUCCCGCAGUUUUGUAUUAUUUCUGAAUAUCCCCUACUUUUUUUGAAGAGUAUAUAUAAUAGUCAUAGUAAAAAAACACUCUUUCAUAAUGGUAAAAGAAUUAAAAUCUGGAUUCAGAAUUUAUUAUGUAAUUCAUAAUAUUACUUUGAUGUUUGGCUCUGCUACUGUUUCAUCAAAACUAGUUAAGAUUAGGAAUCAAAAUUUGAGCAGGUGCCAGAACAAAGUUAUAGAGAUUUUAUUGAAAUGCUCUUUCAUUCUGAUAUAAAUACUGUAUGUAAUAAAUCCCUUUGAAAUAAAGAUUGGGUAUGACUGACAUCAUCAUUUCCAAUAUAAACUAUAUCCGAUAAGUCAGUCAAUGCCACCUGUCACAUUAAUGCCACCUGUCACAUUAAUGCCACCUGUCCUCAUAAUUAUAAGUUGAUAUUUGCUAUAAAAGAUGAGAUAUCUAUCCUUUAACAUCAUUUUUUGACAUAGAGUGUUAUGUUUUUGACAUUGCUGAUGUGGGCUUAACUUUACCAGCUUUUAAUAACCUAUGAUACCAAAACAAGCCGGAAGUCAUAAGUCUGUAACGAUAUGGACAAAAUUGUUAAAAUAGACUAAAAUAUCUUUUUAAUGAUUUAACAGGAAAGGUAAAAGUUUAGAUUUAACAAACUAAAUUUGUUAUAUACUUUUAGCCUACUUCAAUACUUUUUGUGACUUCCAUCUCUUUUUCCUGUCACAGGUAAGUGUCACUCGUCUUUAGGAACAACAAUUAUUAUUUCAUGGACUUCUGAUAGACACAGAUUCAGCAUUUAACAUCUGCAUAAAUUGGAUAUAACUGUAUAUAUGAAUCCUAACAAAAUAUUUGACCAUAUCCAUAUUGAAGAUAGUUAUGUUCCUUAAAAUUCAUUAUUUAAGCCUUUCUACUGAAAGAAAAUGACAUAGCAGCUAACCAUAAAUAACUAUGCUAAAUCUGACAGAAAAAUGAUAUUUAAGAUUCAGUAGUAUUUGUACAUGCUUUAAGUGUUAUAUUAUUAUCUAAAAUGUUAUUUUCAUAAAAACUGUUUCAAGGCUUUUCUUAAAAACCAGAGAGUCAGUAUUUUUUGAUUGAUGUAAUUUUGAUCGUUUGCCAAAUCAUGGAAAGAGAUAUCUUGAAGCGAGAUGGCUUAAAUGCAACCUAAAAAUCCGAAUAUUAACACAUGUUUGUGAAGAGUUAAACUUCAUCAUCAUCAUCAUCCACAAAUUCUAACCUUUUUCCCUCAGAUUUUACACUCCAUAUUUGUUGACUGACCAUAAAGGUUACAACACAUUAGCAUACAUAAAUCAACAAAAAUGUGUAAAACCCAAAAGUAGUAAAGAAAAAAAAAACAUUUCAUAUAAUUCUUCCACUCACUUGUAGGGUAUUUAAAGACCCGCCCGGGUGUGAGCCUCAUAAAUCCAUAGAUUGUAGGGUGUUUGAUGACGUGAAUGAAAGAUUGUACAGUCCGAAAUAUAAAUGCGAGAAUAACCUCUCUUCCGUUCUUGGUUUUAAAACCCGUGCUGUCUCCAUGAUGUCCGAUUUUAAAUUCAAAUAUACCCGAAUUUAUCAAAGAUUUCAAAUUAAAUUGCAGAUUCCAGGCAUGUUAUGAUUUUUGAUUAAAGGGUGGCAACUCUUGUAAAACUGACACUGUAAAGUGGAGGUAACUUUACUAUAGACAAGACUUAAGAGAUUCUUCUUUAUUUAUAUAAUUAAAAUAUAAGCUAUGCAUCAUUUAAAGUCAAAUUAACAUAACAACAUGUAAAUAAUUGUAUCAUUAUAUAUUGCUGUAACAUAUUACCGGUAUUUGUUUAAUUUAAAAAAAUAUAUUUUGUAAGGGUCCCAUAUUGAGGUUGACAGAGUAGAAAAAAUUCAUUUUUAAUAAUAGCCAACAUGUCACAGAUGUUAGUGCAUCAGAUGAAAGGAUGAUUGGUUGGAAUGUAUUGGGGAUGACUUGAAUUGAGAUGGAUUUGCGUCACCCGAGAAUUAUUGUAAAACCUGUCAAAUGCAACUCAAUCUAUAUGUGGGCUUUUGUUUUAAUAAGCUGUAAUAAUAUAUCUUUUAAUGAAAUCCAUUAUUUGCUUUAAUUUCUGAAAGGAAACUUGUAUUAUUUCUAUGUGUAUGCAAUUCUAAGAUUUAAGAUGCCCGAGUGGUUUUUCCAUUUGAAAUCUGAUAUAUCAUAUUCAGUACAGUCUUAGGCAUCGUUAAUAGUAAGUUACCCCAAUAUAAAUGCCAGUAUCUCGAAUUUGAAUAGACGAAUGGGCCUCUGACUUAGUCCAGUUUAUUUUUAAAAAAAAUUGUUUUUAUCAUAUCUUGUGUAUUUGCCAAAGUUGGCACGUUCGUGUCUUUAUCAUGAAAAGAAAAUGAGCAUGGUGUAAAAUUCCUUCAAGAUCAGCCCUCACGUUUUUUUUUUAAAAGAAAUUUUAUGGCCAUAUUCCAAAACUUAUCCCUAGAAUUUUAUUAGUCCAUAGACCAUUCGCUAUGUAAUGCAUUUCGUGCCUGUUUGCCAGAUUGAAUAUAGAAGGAUUUUACCAAUUACAAAGUAAAGUAUUCCUCAUCGGAAGAAAAUUAUUUUCUGGGAGAAUUAAGACACUUGUGAUGAAUUACCUGUAUUUGUUGCAUUAGUCUACUCGAUCGGAACUUCUAACACAUCAAUCUAGUCACGAACUGAUCUUUAUCAAUAGACCCUUUAUUGACUUGCAUGCCUUUAUAAGGUAUAUGGCCGUGCGCGGUGUUGAGAUUGGUACCAAUGUUGACUCAAGAUUAUAACGCCAAAAAUUAGUCGGCGUCCAGGGAAGAAUUUGCAAACAUCAGACGGUAUUUUAAACCAGCUCAAAGAAAAUAUGAUUGUUUAAAAAAAAAAGAUUGUGUGUACCUUUCAAGAGAUAUUUUGUUUAUUAUUUAUAUACAUUCCCCAUAAUUUACUUGUAUUAUAAUUCCUGAAAUAAAACCUGAGAAUUGUGA